AUGUCAUUGUCUGAAGGAAUAUCUAUCGAUCUCUCUCUCUCUCUCUCUCUCUCUCUCUCUCUCUCUCUCUCUCUCUCUCUCUCUCUCUCUCUCUCUCUCUCUCUCUGGGAACUACAAACAUAUAAAGCUCUCGCGGGAGAUACGCGUUCCCACUUUGAACGGAAUUUCAUUUAUUUUCUUCAUUCGUCUUCUUUUUAUUUUUUUCAGCCUUCCUCUUUUUCCCUUGUUCUUUCCUUUCUUCUUUCAUUCGUCAUAUUUUUAUCCUUCUUUUCGUUCUUCUUCUGCCUAUUCACUUUUUUAUUCGCCUCCUUUCUUAUCUCCUAUUUUCAUAUAAUUCUUUCAUUUCAUUCAUCAUCUUUUAUCUUUCUACUUUUCAUUCGUUUUUCUUCAUCCUUCUUUAUAUUUUAUUCUGUUCUUCUUUCCAUAGUCGUUUCCUUUCUUUUUCUUCUUCUUCUUUCAUUUGUCCCUUUUUUCAUUCGUUUUUUUUUUUUUUACAUGCAUCUUUUUAGUUAUCUUGUCAUUGUUCCUUCGUUUCUUCAUUUUCAUUCCCUCGUCUCUCCGUUACUCUUUUCAUUCUUCUUUUCAUUCUUCUUCUUCUUCUUUCCAUAA